AUGAGUUCAGUAGAUACAGAUAUUGGCCCAGGGCCUUCGCCACAAGCUUUGCUUAAUCAAAUUCCUAUGACUGACCCAAAAGACGUCCCAAAAUUAUCACAACAAGAUUUAUAUGUAGCGCCAGAAAGUCUAAAUAAUCCAUCAAUAAAACCAACUUCUACUACGCAACCACCAAAAAAUCAUCCACAUUUUAAAGAAAUAAAUCUGCCUUCAUCAUCUUCAUCAUCUUCACAAUCAUCAACCAAUAAUACAACUUCAAAUAGUACAUCAUCUUCAAACAUAUCGCAGUCUUCAGAGUUUGAUCCAUUUGCAGGAUUAUCUUUUAAAGUUGGAGUUGCAGAAAAUAAAAAUUCAACUUAUAGAUCUAAAAUGGAAGAUGUUCAUACAUAUAUUGCAAAUUUUGCAGAAAGAGUUGAUUGGGGUUAUUUUGCUAUAUUUGAUGGUCAUGCAGGUAAAGAUUGUGCUAGAUGGUGUGGAAAUAAUUUACAUACUUUAUUAGAACAAGAAAUUGAUUUAGAAUUACAAGAUCAAUCAUUAACUUCAAAUAGUCGAACUCAAUCUCCAAGUGAUAAUAGUACCGACAACACGAAUAUACCAUCUCCUAGGGGAUCAGAAAGUUCGGUCGGUGAAAGUGUUGACUCAACAAUGUCUGGAGAUUCAUUACAAUCAACCGGCAGCUCUACAUCAUCAACUUCUAGUAUACCAUUAAAUGGGAAAUAUGAUAUGAAAGAGCAUUUGUAUAAAGCAUUUGUAAAAGCAGAUGAAUUGAUCGAAAAAAAUGGAACUGGUACAUCAGGAUGUACAGCAGCAGUAGCUGUUUUAAGAUGGGAAAGUGAAUCAGAGGAAGAUUGUUUAAUUGAUUUAACAAAUUUAAAAACUACACAAGAAGGAUCGACCAAGAAAUUCGAUUUUAUACCUACAAAAAAUCACAAAAGAAUGUUAUAUACAUCAAACGUUGGAGAUUCAAGAAUAAUACUUUGUAGGUCAGGUAAACCAUAUAGAUUAUCAUAUGAUCACAAAGCUUCAGAUUCAAAUGAAAUAAAUAGAAUAGAGAAUUCUGGAGGAUUAAUCUUAAAGAAUAGAGUUAAUGGAGUAUUAGCAGUAACAAGAUCCCUCGGUGAUACAUAUAUGAAAGAUUUAGUAUUAGGAAAACCUUUUACAACAUCAACUGAAAUAAAUGAAAAUGAUGAAUUUAUGAUAAUUGCAUGUGAUGGAGUAUGGGAUGUUUUAAGUGAUUUAAAAGCUUGUAAAUUUGCUAGUGAUUGUUUUAAAAAGGGGUUAAAUACAAGUGAAACUUCCAAGAAAUUAUGUCAAUUAGCUAUUGAUAAUUCUACAAUGGAUAACGUUACGGUCAUGAUUGUUCAAUUCGAUAAUAACAUAUUUAAACAAUAG